AUGGGCAAGUGCACAGAAGAAGAAAAAAAAGUGUAUAACGCUGUGUGCACAAUUCUCGAGGAAAUCGAUAUAGACGGCGUUAACCCAACUGAUCCACUAGCAUCUGGGGUGCUAGACUUGACAAAGUUGGGUGACACUUAUAUGAAUCUGUUGCCAGCGGACGUUGUAGAGUUGCUAACUGUCAGCAACUUUUUAAAAGAAGUUGAUCUGCCGCCGGCGGCCCAAAAAAUGCUUGACGAAUUUGAAGAGACAUACAAGCAUUUGGGAACUGAUUUUAGUCUAUCAGAUAUGGACGGAAUUGGUUACCCAGCGGGCAUAAAAGAUCGUCAGCUCAAGAGAAAUAUGGGGAUGAUGUGGAGUGUAUUAGAGGGGUUCCGGAAUAUCUGGACGUGCACACCAAGGUUGGAUGAGACAAAUUACAGUGAAAAUGCCCUUGUGGUAGAAGCUGUGUCAAGAAUCCUCAAACCAAUCUUUGGUUAUUGCUCAAUGCCGCUUGAGCAAGUAUGGGGGGAGCAUAUAAGUGAAUCGUCUAAGCAUCGGACGGGGGCAGCGGCAUCUCCAAACAAGCCCGACUUAUGCAUCCGUGUAGAUUUUCAGGGUGCUGAUGUGGAACUUGCUUUCUGCGAGUUUGCAUCACUGGGGAUGGGUCACCCGAAGCAUCGUGACGAUUGGAGAAAGUCAGUGCGCGCAUGUAAAGAUGGCUCUGAUAUGCUCCGUGACAUAUGUUUUGAAGGAAAAAAAACAGAUUGUAAUGAGGCAAUUAUAUUAAUAAGAUCAUUAAAUAAUAUACCAAGUAUUGCAAUCUUGAACAAAAAGACAAAUUUGACAUUUUCAGUUAUAGACACCUUUAAUGGUAAGUUCUUUAAAGCUUACAAGAUACUAGAUAUUGACAUACCAUUAAGGCCAGUCGAUCGACAGGUAGUUGAAGAUUUUCUGAAGAAGGCUCUUCAAGUGAAGACCUUUGUUGAGGAAGUUGCAUGUGAAGUGAUAAAGGUGUUGGAAAAAAGUAUAUCUUUGCCUGUUGAUGAUAAUGAAGACAUAGCAACAAGGCUGGAGAACUUAACCAUAGCAUCAACAACUUUCUCUUCAUAA